GUGUUACGCUGGGACGGUAUUAGCCCCACAGCUGACUGGAAAGUCCGUCUAAUAGUAAUUCUGCUCUCUCUCUGUUUUUAUUUCUCAUUUUAUAAACCACUUGAUUUAGUAGUUCCAGUGUAGUGCGGAGUGAUUGCAGUGAUCCAGUGCCUUUGCCCACCACUUCCAAAUAUAGCCACAAGUGGUGAUUUCGUGCAGAAAUUGGCUAAACAAGUUCGCCUACGAGAAAGUUGAUCUCAUUUUUUUUGCACAUUGCUUUGUGAUUUACCUGCCCAGACAAUGGCGAAAGUCAUCAGCCAGGAGACCUUUGACGAUGCAGUCAGGGAGAACGUUAUUGAGUUUGAAAUGUCCGUGGAAGAGGCCAAGGAGGAGACCAUAAAGCAGUUCCAGGCGCAGGGAGUUAAUCUGGCCAAUAUUAUUGUCGAUCUCAAAGUCAACACUUCUACGGGACGACCAGUAAUUUUGGAGAAAAUUGAGGAAUUGAAGAACAUCAAAGAAGUUACGGAAGGUAACAAGAAGGAGUUUCUGGAGAUUAUUCAAAUAAUCUCUGAAGAAUGUUCAAAGACUCUCCCUCAUCGUGUCUUGGCUGCUAAGAAUGGAGCCAAUGAUACCUUGUUGGGACUUCUAAAGAAGAUCCUGGAAGCUGAACCUCGUGAUCAGGAAAUUCUACAGAUGAUUGUGGCCAACUUGGGCAUAAUGUCAGAGAAACAACCAGAUAUCUUCACGCACGACUACCUAGAUGCAGCACAGCGUCUUCUAGACAUUGGAAGCGAUGACUCUGUUAUCCGAGAAUGCCUCCGGUGGCUUCAAAAAGUUUGCAUCCUCCAUGAAAUGAAUCGUCAGAUGAUUGUUGAUGAGGACACAAUUAAGUACCUCAAGACCUUCCUAACUUCCAAAUCUGGCAUCAUUAUCAGGGAACUGUGUUCGGUAUUCCGGAAUCUUGUUCUAGAUGACGAUAUCCGCGUUGAAUUUGGCAAAGCUCAUGAGCACGCACGCGUUAUUGCCGAAUCCUGCCUUGCAGAUCUUACGAAACUCCUCUAUGAUUUCAAAAGCGAACGAGACGUUGUGAGUGAUCUCAUACUAACGGUUGCAACGCUCACGGUGAGAAAUGAAUACUGUUUGCUCGUGGAAGAUGUUGGAGGGUUAAAAUUCACUCUUGGUGCCAUGAGUGAACAUGCAGAUAGUUUGAAACUCGUUCGAGAAGGCUUAAAACUCAUCAAGGCUCUAGCAGGAAAUGACACUGUUAAAGUGAAGAUUAUCCAACAGGGAGCAGCUCCAUUAAUCAUCACCCUUCUAAGCACUCAUCGUGCUAAUGAAAGCCUUGCACGGCAUGCUUUGGCUGCAAUUGCCAUGCUCACACUUCGUGUCAAGGAAAACAGUCUUGCCUUCUUUGAAGCUGGAGCACCCGAAGUGAUUGUGGAUUGCAUGAAAAUACACGAGAAGAGCAAAUUUGUGCAACGAUCUGGUUCUCACUCAAUCCGGAACAUGGUGUCACGCAACAAGGAUCAAUGCAAUGCCUUCAUUUCCCAGGGUGCUGAAGAUAUCCUGAAUUUAGCUCUCAAAGAGCAUCCCAGUAUUGCGUAUGAUGUUAAAUCAGCCCUCAGGGACUUGGGAGUUGCCGUGCAGCUAAAUGAGGAGUGGACGGGAAAAGCAGAGAAGACUAUCAGCAACUGAAAGCACAGGCUUCACAUACAAGAUCUCUCAUGAUGAAAUCAUCACAACUAACUUAAUAACUUGCAAUUUUUAUUACACUUUUUUCUACAAAGUCUAUUAAUUUUGCUAAUAAAAUGCUGAAGGUUGAACCUACAGCGGCCCAGUAAUUAAA